GGGGUGUUGAUGUGCAGGAAGGAAGGCUGAUGAGGUGUGGAGGGUUGUGUGAACGGGGGAUUUAUGGCAUAUAAGAGAGAGGUGUUUGUGCUCUCUUGAACGGGGAGUUUGCUGUUUCUAUAAACUACUUACAAACACAAAGACUUUGAUGGGAUUUUCACAGGUUUAUCAUAUUGGUUUUCUCUUAUCUAUAUUUUCUUCUUCUUCUUCUUGGAUUCUGAUUCACUGGUGGUAACGAUGAUGACGAUUGGUGGUCCAUUUAAGGCGGCUUGGGCUGCGGUUACGGGGUGGAGGGGGAAGAAGACGCCGACGCCGCCGACGGCGGCCGGUGGGAAGACGGAUGCGACGACGGUGGUGAAGGCUGGUGAUACUGAUACGGUGCCGGCUGAGGCUGUUGCGUAUAAGAAUGCGGGAUACUUUGUCAACUGGGCCAUCUAUGGACGCAACUUCCAACCAGACCAGAUCCAGGCGGCGCAGCUAACCCACGUCCUCUACGCCUUCGCCAACCUCAGGGCUGAUGGCACUGUCUUCCUCUCAGACACCUACUCAGACCUGGAAAAGCACUACCCCGCCGACUCCUGGAACGAAACCGGCACCAACCUCUACGGCUGCGCCAAGCAGCUCUACCUCCUCAAGAAGAAGAACCGCACCAUGAAAGUCCUCCUCAGCAUCGGCGGGUGGACCUACUCCUCCAACUUCGCCGCCGCAGCCGCCACCCCCACCACCCGCGCCCUCUUCGCCUCCACCGCCGUCGAGUUCGUCAAGGACCUCGGCUUCGAUGGGCUAGACAUCGACUGGGAGUACCCCGCCAACGACACCGAGGCCCAGAACUACGUCCUCCUCCUCAAAGCGGUCAGGGCGGCGCUCGACGCCUACGCCAAUGAUAACGCGAAGGGGUAUAAAUUCCAACUUACCAUCGCCGCGCCCGCCGGGCCGGAUAAGUAUAACAUCCUCAAAAUGAAGGAUAUGGACGCCUACCUCGACGCCUGGCAUGUCAUGACCUACGACUUUGCCGGCUCCUGGAGCACCGUCACGGGACACGAUGCGAAUCUCUAUCCCAGCAAGACGAUCCCGGAUAGCACGCCCUUCUCGAUCGACAAGGCCGUCACGGACUACAUCGCCGCCGGCGUCCCUGCCGCAAAACUCGUCAUCGGCGUCCCUCUCUACGGCCGCUCGUUCGCAGCCACGGAUGGGAUGGGCAAGAAUUUCAGCGGCGUUGGCUCGGGGAGCUGGGAGAACGGCGUGUGGGAUUACAAAGCCCUUCCCAAGGCCGGCGCCACUGUCCAGGUCGACAACGAUGCCAAGGCAAGGUACUCGUAUGAUCCUGCGACGAAGGAGUUGAUCACCUUUGAUACGGUCGAUGAUGCGAAGACGAAGGCGGCGUAUGUGAAGAGUAAGGGGUUGGGGGGGGCGAUGUAUUGGGAGACGAGCGCGGAUAAGGCGGGGGAUCAGAGUCUGAUUGGGACGUUUGCGGGUAGCUUUGGGGCGCUGGAGAAGAGCCAGAAUUUGUUGAGUUAUCCGAAGAGUAAGUACGCGAAUUUGGUGGCGGGGAUGCCCUGA